AUGCAUUCCGUCGCUUCAAAUACGGCAGGAUUGAGUCAACGUAGCCGUGGUUCUAGUACUUCAACAACAUGUUCAUUGUUAACUGUCGUUCUUUGCUGCCUCAUAGGCUUCUCGUUAAUAGCAAAGACUGUAAAUACACAUUCAAUUACAAAGAUAUUGGAUGGAAAAAUAUACGAUUCCUUAAUAAUAGAGCAGGGUGUUGUGCGAGAAGUAGCGAAUGAAGGAGAAUCAAUAGAAUUACUGACAACAGCCUCGAAUUUCUCUAGUCUUGCGAGUGAAAAAAGUUUCAGUUCAGAUUCACAGAAAGCAAGGUUCUUGUCUCCGAAACCGAGCAUAAUUAUUGGUGGAAACAGUUUUAGUAUCAAACCAGAGGCAGAUACGCUCUCGCUCAGAGAUCCAAAUCAGUUCGAGAAAGACUUUGGUGACAAUACAAUUUUUGGCGGAUUUGAAGACGCUCCAAAGUUUGCCACGAGACUCCAGAAUAUGGCUGCUGUACUAGAAAAUAGAGAAAUAGCGGAGACAAGUAAAUUGAUGAUGCAACCUUUACUUCCUCCCUGUCGUCGUGUAUUUCUGCCACGUCAAUCACUUGUUGACACAAAGCCAAGAGGGACUAGAGCUCCAGCGCAUGGAAUUAAACGUUGCCGUAUCACCCACGAUGAUCAUCCAACAAUAGCUCUUGCUUUAUUGAUUGAAAAGAGUGCAGAAAUUGUCAAUACCAUACGGAGGUUACAGAAAUUAGCAGCUGAGAUAAAAGGUUCUAAUAAUGGUACAAGGAAAGCAGAGGUGCUCGUUUUAGUUGAUGGCCAAUGGCCAGGUGAGAAAACACUAUUAAACGCUCAUAAACUCAUGGAAGGAGAGAACGAUUGGUUUCUUAUUAGUAAGAAUAAGCUUGGAGAAAUGAAGCAAUUUAAUAAAUUAACGCGUUGUAGUCAAGCAGAAGUUGUUGUUUGGCUUUCUGUCGAUGACUUGCCUCCUGAAAAUGUCACAAAUUCGGAACAAAGAAAUUGGAUUGAGUGGAUAACGAGUGCAAUAAAGAUCAUACAAUCGGACAAGAGUAUCGCCUUAGUAACGCCGCAGAACAAAGAGUUACACGAUGAAGCAAUGAGGUAUUCCAUGAGUGUUAAGUUAGCUCCCUUUGUUGUGCGACGGGAAAGUGUCAUAAAAUUGGGUGGUAUUGAAGAGUGGGGUGGUUGCAGAGGUGAGAAAAUAACGAGAGAAGUUGGAACUGAACUUUCUCAAAGACUAUGGAGAGGUGGAUUCAAAGCUAUUCUUCUAGUAUCUUCAACGGAUUUUCUCGGAAGACCUCUUCCUCUUGCAAGUACUAAUCAAAGUGUUGGGGGUGAUAUUGCUGAUAUCGAUUCAGAAUGGCCUUUCGUUCUUCCUGGAAGAACCAAAAAAGAUAUUUCUGAAGCGAGGGAGGCACUUAUCUCGGAAGCGUCACGAACGAAGGAAGUGGUUGGAAACUGUGCAUCUCCGGGUUUAGAUGAUUCAGGAAUAUAUCAUGGAGCAACAAAAUCAUGUCAGGGAGAAAUACAGUCAUAUCCUAUUGUUUCAAUUGUUAUGCAAUAUUUCCGGCGUCCCAAAAUUAUUAUUCCUUUAUUAAACUCUCUAGUUCGCUUGAAGUUUCAAGUUGAAUUUAUCAUCAAUAAUGAUAGCAUUUCAGAGCUAUCUGAAUUUACACGCUAUUCUUCUCGGGGUCCUGGGAAUUAUGAUUGGGUAUUAGCUCUGUUUAACAAUGUCCAUGAAAUUCGUGGAUAUAAUAGAUUGGGUAUGUUUGCCUCCUCUGAACUUGUCAUGCUGAUCCAAGAUGAUGAUGCAGCUCCAAAAGAUGAUUCAUGGGUUCGUAAUGCGUUGUAUUUUUUCAAUAAAUAUCCUACCUUGGGGAUAUUAGGAGGAUAUCGUGGACGAAUUGAUAACGGUAGAAAACAAAUGGCAGACUUGAAGCAAAAUAAUGGCCAGAAGUUCGGUGCUGAUUGGAAACGAGAUAGAAUGAAAUUAACACAAGCUCUGACUACGCUGGAUCCUGGCAUUAAUAAGCCAUUUAUGUGGAUGUAUAAAGUCAAUUUAGCACCUCUAAUAGUGCGAAGGUCACUUUUUACUGAAGUGGGAGGAUUCAAUACAAAUUUUUCUUGCGCAGGGAAUCCUGGAAUAGGACUCGACUACGAAAUUUCAAUUCGAUUAUGGAAGUUGGGCUGGCGUGUAGGCCUUUAUGAUCCAAAAUUUCACCACGCAAUAGGUAAUAGUAAACAAAGUGGUACACAUUCAGGUCCACAGAAGAAAAUUCGAGAUGCUUCUGAAGGUCAGAAUAAUAUGUUAAUGUACAGAAUGUACCCGAAUUUUCACCAUAAAGUUGGGAGCUCUAUUGUGAUGAAAAGUAAUCAACAAGGCAUCAAGAGUGGCAGCUUUAGAAAAAUAAAAGGAAGGUGA